AUUCAAGAAAUAGUGGCAUUGAAGGACAUGGUUAGUGGGCAUGGUGGGGAUGGACUGUCGGUUGGAAUUGAUAAUCCUAGAUGUCCUUUCCAACCUGAAUGAUUCUGUGAUUCUAGGAGAGGAAAGGUCUGCUUGCAGAUGUUCAUGCCAUGUCUUCAGUGUAUUACAGUACAGCAGAUAAGCUAUUGCCUGGAGUCAUAGAUCCUUCCUUAUCUGUCUCCUCUGUGCCUGACUUCACAAGUGAUUGUAGGUCAUUGCUGCAGGCCUGUUUUGAUACUCUUCCCUUCCAACUCAAUGCAUGUUUUCUAUACUUCUUAAAGGAGAAAGUAUCCCUUCAGUAUCCAUUCCUAAAGCUGAGAAGUCAGAAUUCUCUCCCUUACAGAUAUUCCGAGGGAUCCAAGCAUGCACGAAGAGCCAGCCGAGUGGAGACCCCCAAGCCUUAGCUGAAUGCCCUGCUCCAUGUUCGUGCUGCCAAAGCUUACAUGGUUACCCUUUCCCUACUGCACCUCCUGUGGAUCCAUUUGCGAAAAUCAGAGUGGAUGACUGUGGAAAAACGAAGGGAUGCUUCAGGUACGGCAAACCUGGCUGUAAUGCAGAGACUUGUGACUACUUCCUAAGUUACCGUAGAAUAGGAGCUGAUGUUGAAUUUGAGUUGAGUGCUGAUACCGAUGGCUGGGUAGCAGUGGGAUUUUCCUCAGACAAGAAAAUGGGAGGAGAUGAUGUCAUGGCUUGUGUUCACGAUGAUAACGGAAGAGUCCGAAUACAGCACUUUUACAAUGUUGGUCAGUGGGCUAAAGAAAUCCAGAGAAAUCCUGCUAGAGAUGAAGAGGGGGUUUUUGAAAACAAUCGUGUAACUUGUCGAUUCAAGCGUCCUGUAUACGUUCCCCGAGAGGAAACUAUCGUAGAUCUGCACUUGAAUUGGUACUAUCUGUUUGCCUGGGGUCCAGCAAUUCAGGGUUCUAUAACUCGUCACGAUAUAGACUCACCACCUGUAUCAGAGCGUGUGGUCAGUAUUUACAAGUAUGAAGAUAUUUUCAUGCCAUCAGCUGCCUAUCAGACCUUCUCUUCUCCAUUCUGCUUGCUCCUCAUUGUUGCACUGACCUUCUAUUUAUUGAUGGGAACCCCCUGACCUCUGGAAAGUAACGAGAAUUUGCAGUGAAAGUUUCUCAGGAUGGAUGGAUAUAUGAUGGAUGAUGCGUAUUUCUAUUGGAAUUUAUAUCACACCACCAUUGUCAUCUAGCUGCUUUUGAACAUAGUUAGCUUCUCAGAGGAAUGAAAUCACCAUCUUUUGAGUGGCUGAGUGGUGACAAAUCAUUUAAGAAUAAUGAAUGAACAAAUAGGAGACAAUAUUCAGUGUUGUGACUACUUGCUUAACGAAGACUUUUGUAAAAUAAGUGCGUGCGUGUGUGUGUGUGUGUUUGGGAGGGGUGUCUGUAUGUGUGGUUAGGAGAGUUUCGUGAUGCACAUCUUAUCAAAUAACAAAAAAAUGCCUUCCAAAUCACUCAGAAAGCAAAUUUGGGAAAACAUUAUAAUGCCAUUUGGUACUUCUGGUGCAGAGAAAGUCCAAGUGUGGUUUCUGAACUUAGGAUCAGGAUGCUGACACUGCAGUAAAAAAGCUAUCCUUCCAUAAUGGACAGUUGGAUUAUUAUUUUUUUAAUUAAUAUUUAUCAAGGUUUAUUUGCUCUGGUACUUUCAAAAACUAGCCUUGCAUAAUCAAGCAUGAACAGGAUUUUUUUAAUGGAAAGAAAUGAUCAAUGUCUUUAUAACAAUAGUGUUUCAACAACCUUCUUGAAAGAAGUAUCUGCUUGUUUUGUGUGAGGUACCUGCUUGUGUGAGACAUUACAUUAUGUAAACAAAGGGAAAGGAGAAUGCAGUCAUUUGAAUUCUCCAUACAUAGGAAAAGCAAGUGUAAGCCACAGAGAACACUGAAGUUUCUAACAAGCCAUAGCACAUCCUCCCAAUCAAUGAAGUAUUUUUUUCUUUUUAUUUAAAAGUAGUAAUGUUGCUGAUAUGUAAAUAUGAUUUUAAAUAGUUGUGCAGUAGUACCAAGAAAUCUGUUUUUCUGUGUUGUAUUCUUGUAUAUCCUGUUCAGGUUAAAGGUGAAUAUGGGCAGCAGAUAUUCGUUUACAAAGAAAUGGAAAUAUAACUGAGAUUAUUUGUAAGGAGAGAUAGGAAUUAAUAAAAAGAUUAGCAUCUUUUCUUUCAUCAAAUCAUUCCUGAAACAUAGUUACAGUGGAAAAGAUGGGUUAAAGAGGAAAUGCACUUCAAUUUUUUAUCACCAAUAAAUUAUACGAAGAUGAAUGCUAAAUAUUAUCAAACUGUAAAGUGUCAAAAUACAUUUGAGCCAUAGAAUGUUCUGAACACUGAAUUUGUGUAGAGAAUUUCUGAUAUUCACGUGACAUGUAUAGGUGUAGCAGUUGAGUGUGCUUGGGUACAGUUGCUCAUUUGUUUCCCAACUUGCAUUAUUGCACCAAAAUUCUCUCUAAUGUGAUGCACUUAAGGACUCUGUAACGUAGGAUCUGCUAAAAUACGUGAUAGACAUUCUUUGUAUUUUCAUUCCUGUAUAGAGUGUAAAAAAAGUAACAAGCUUUGCUGGGUUUGCAUCAUUUUUCAUGGAAUGAAGUUAAUAGCUUUUUUUUUUAGGCUCUACAUUCCUGAAAGCAAUUCUUCAAGUAUGUGAAACAGGCUUGAAAAGGAAUCGCAAACUCUAUCACAAAUACUUUACUACUAUUUCUAGAGAAAGAUUUCCCAGAGACAUGUAACAUAAAGACAUCAGCAUUGAUGUCUUUAAGGAUUUGUUUGCUUAAAAUUGCUGGACUAAGGUUAAAUAGGGGCGAGAAGAAUGCAAAUUGAAGUGAACUUUGAAAGUGCAUAUAGUGGCUUCUUUCGUGUAAAUUACCUUCCACAAGUUGAAUAACCAACUCACUAUCUGAUGAAAUAUGUAGUGGAAGCCACCUGAUAAGGAGGGUCAGCUUUAGACAUUCAUGAUUGUAAAACAGAGGUCUAAGAUUAGCAGAAACAGAGAGCUGAAGUCUUGGAUAAUGAGUUUUAUAGUAAGCAGCCAGGUGAAGUGAGGAAGUUAUUAGGGCUAAUUCCUUCUCUCCUGUGUUAAAGCAUAGGCAGUUUAGGGAGCUGAGAUACCACAGCCCCUUUUCUGAAAUUACAGCUACUCAAAGUAGCCUCGGGGUUACAUUAGUUUAUGGCCUUGUAAUUUACUGCAUUUCCCUGAUUACCCACUAAAAGGCUAAUCUAAUAACUGAAGAAUACUGAAGUGUGAUAGAAACCCAUUUGGGCUCCUUUAAUACAGUGCUGCACUUAGGAUAGCCUGGCUAGACCUAGGCAGAGACAUAUGUUAAAUAUGGCAAUACUAAUACCAAGGUAAAUAUACUACACAGGUAUUGCUGCUUUGCACUGUAAAGCACACCGCAGGGAGUCAGAGCUGUGUAAAGGCUGAAAGUUCAGGCUCUAAAGCAAUAGCGAGGUCAGAGCUGAAGCACAGCCACUUAUGGGAAUGCCCAGUGCAAAGCAUAAACUGCUUCAGGCCACAGGUGUACCCAUGUUCUAAAUUAGGGUAGAAAUACAAUUCCUUU